AUGGCUGCUACUUCAUUGGUACAGCGCAUUGAGCGGGUGAUUAGCCAAGAUGGUCGAGAUGAUCCUGCGUCGAGAGAUGCGUGCCUCGCGAUGGUUGCUGACGCCACGCCGCUCGUAAGUGAGCUCAAAAGCAUGAACCGCACAGCGUACGAGGCCCUUGCUGCGGAACGUGUGCAUGUUGAAAGCGCGCAACUUGCCUUGGAUAAGGCGUCAUUGGAGUACGAGGCGCUCCUACUCGAGCAUCAGGAGCUCAAGGCGCAGAUCGAUGCACAUCUGGAAGUGGAGCGUCUGGACCAUGACGUGCUCUCGCCUGAUGACCUCACUCAGCUGGCAACCCUGGGUGAAGAGGAGCAGCAUGCUGCGCAUCUUGCGCGCCUUCAAGAGAUCCUGAAUGAGCGGCGCAAAAUGGAGACGGAUGCCAAGAGUCUGGACGAGCAGGUGCGCCAAUUGCAAGCGCAGAGCCGCUUGUCGCAUCGCACGCUCGUGCGUCUCGAACAAAGUGUGGCGGCCUUACAAGCGUCUGUGCAAGAGCAAGCUGCAUCUUCAUAA